AUGGAAGUUGGCAUCAUCGGCUCUGGAGUCAUCGGACUCACAUCGGCUCUGGCCCUUGCUCAGGCUGGCUACUCAGUGAUGAUUGUUGCGCGCGAGUUACCUGGGGACGACUCGCUGAGAUGGGCAAGCCCAUGGGCAGGCGCCGGCAUUCUACCCUACCCAGAUAGCGCAGGACAAGACCUACAGACCGAAACGUUCAAGUAUUAUUGGGCUCUUGCCCAUCGCGACCCCACCAGUGGUGUCCAAGUGGUAGAUGUGACGGAGUACUAUGACGACCGAAGUGACGACGCCACGAUUUGGUACAAGAGAAUGGUCCCAAAAUAUCGCCGUUUGCCAUCAGAGGAACUCCCCGCCAAUGCCAAGCUUGGGUUUCAGUAUCAAUCGAUGGCGGUCAACCCAGCAGUAUUCCUGCCCUGGAUUAAGGCACUUCUCGAUAGAAGGGGAGUGAAGUUCAUUCGUGCCGAGGUCGCAUCCAUAGACCACGCUCGGUCAUUAUUAAAGACGGAGAUCAUAGUCAAUGCAUCUGGCUUGGGAGCUCGUCACCUUGCCAACGAUGAAAAAGUGAUUGCAGUCCGCGGCCAGACCAUGUUGGUUGAAAGUUGCUCCCAUGAAAUGGUGAUGUUCCAAGGCUCCCACUACACCUAUCAGAUACCACGUAUGUAUAGUGGAGGCGUUAUUAUUGGUGGAGUUAGCCAAGAGGGAGACACAGAUGAGAGAGUAAAUCUCGCAACCCGUACAGACAUACUUCGACGAAUGAAUCUGGUUACUCGUGGUCGCUUCGGGUCGGUUGAUCUGAACAAGCACGUCGUGAAAGACUUGGUGGGCUUUCGGCCGAGUAGAAAAGGGGGAUAUCGACUUGAACGGGAAGGUGGUGUCAUCCAUGCAUACGGUUUCAACACUCUCGGAUAUACAUACAGCUAUGGUGUGGCUUUGAAGGUGCGAGAGUUAGUGACGGCGGCGCUGGAAGAGAAGCGAAGGCUGAGGGGCAAGUUAUAG